AUGCUGACUGAUGAAUGUGGUUUUUGGUCCACAUUAUCUUGUUCCAGUGAUAAACAUCGACUGGUGAACACUUCCGUAGUACCUAAUAAGAGUUUCUUUUGUCAGAAAACAUCUCGUUUAUAUUUCGAUAUUCAUCGUUUGCCAUAUCAGUCACUUCUCAGAGUCGGCGGUACUAAAGUGACACGCCACUUCGUUCCAUAUGUGAGGAGAGCACAUGGACCAGGUGCUAUAUUUCCAAUGACUUCUGCUUGUCAACGUCUCUUCUCGAUUGAUUAUCAUCAUGAAGGUGGUGCUCAUCACUGGUACAUUAUUCCGAGUCGUGAGAGAAAAUUUCUACAAGAAUUAAUUGAUCACUACAAAUCUAGUAUGUGUCUUGAUCAUGCACAGUUAUUUAUCGAUCCUUCAGUACUAGACAAAAACCAUAUUCGUUACCAUCGAGUUAUUCAACGCCCGGGUGAAUAUGUCGUUUUAUCAGCUGGUUCUUUAGCACAAAGUUUUACAGAAGAUGCCAGCUGGAGUGAGUCAAUUGAUUUUGCCUUACCUAGUUGGAUUGAAGAAGGUCAUGCAAGUAUUACGAUUCCACAAUGCAAAUGUGCUAUUCCUCAAGAUUUCUUAUCAGAGGUUAUUGAUGUUAGCCUAUUUAGACCCGAACUUAUACAAAGAUAUGUUACGUCGCAUCUCAAUUUUACUACUGAUGAUAAGUCACCAACUUUGGAAGGUUUGUGA